AUGGCUGGUGCUCGUACCAUCAUUGGGAACGUCAAAAAGAUAGCCUCCAGAAAGUCAAGCUUGUCCGAUCCAACAGGUGGCGACAAUGCAACUGCAGACUCGUCCACCCAAACCAAUGGCGAAGACACGACAAACACAAACAACCUCCCUGGCCAGACAGACGGAGCAGAUGCUGGCAACGAAGAUUUCACUAUCCCUGAGGGAAGUAGUGAAGAAAACACAGAACCGUCGUCGUCGGCCGCGAGCUCAGCCCACAGGCACUGGUCGAAGUCUGCAUACGCACUGCCACCUAGCGAGGAAAUGGCAAAACGGUAUGAUAACUCUCUAAAGUUCCACUGCAAGAGCUGA